AGACGCCGCCCCCCAGUCCUCGUCCGGCGGGUGAUCAGACGCCACCCCCCAAUCCACCUCCGGCGAAGAAGCAGAGGCAGUCCUGGGUUAUUAACCCGGAGCCUUAUGUACCUGCAACCACAAAGAUACCAGAGCCAUCACUAAAGCCUCUCACCCCGAGGCCUUGGGAACUUAGUGUGGAGCAAAAUGCAGCGGUCGUGGCUGCUCAGCAUGAGAAAUGGCAGGCGGACUGCAAGAAGAAAAGAGAGCCCGAGCCCAAAUAAGUAUUUUCUGAGAAGGAAAAGAGCUGGGCUAAGUCAUUUUUGAACACACCGUCCCAGGCCGCGAAGAAUCUGCCUGACGACUAUGAACGUGAACUUCGUAGUCAAGCACUCGCGGUCGGGGGGAAACAAGUUGCCCAGCUCGGGGAACAAAGUAAACAGUCGAUCGCCCCGCUCAUAGUGAAAGCCGCAGGUCCGGAGGACGAUGCCCCUGAUGUCAUAGCAGCUGCGGCAGCACAGGGAUUGACUGUAGCGAGAGCCAAAGAACAAGCGGCAGACUUAGGUCUGACUCUUCGUGCAGCAUUAGGCCUUGAUGACGUGGCAAUGAAGGACGUAGUAUUUGCAUAUGUGAAGGAUGGUCCUCUCGUCGAGCCUGCGCAGGAAGAGGAUCUACCUCGACAAAUGAAAGGUCUGCUAAAUUGGUACAAGGGUUACAUAAAACUUAAAAACGCCAGAGAAUAUAUUUAUGCGGAAGUUAGACCUGAGCAUCACUUCAAACAUUACUAUAUAACAAUUCAUCGGAGUGAAUUGUUCCAGCUGUUCAAUCUGCGUGAGCUCGACAAAUCUAUCAUCAGCUGCUAUGUUCUAAUGAAGAAGCGGGAAAUGCGAAUAAGGCACACCCAUGAUGUUGGGUUCAUUGACCCACAAAUCGUUAAUUCAUAUGUGUUAGAACACCACCCCAAAGACGUGGAGGAUGACCUGUGGCGGUUUCUUACAAAACAGGAACUCAAAAGUGAUAUUCUAUUUCCUUACCAUUUUGGGUUCCACUGGAUUCUGCUAGUAAUUCAAAUUCAGAACUCCACAGUUCUCGUCCACGACUCUCUGAAUAUAGAUACGAAGCUUUGGGCCGACAUGAGAAAAAUGAUGCAAAAGUAA